CUUACAGGAAGCAAACCAUUAAGACUCUGGACUGCACAUAAAAUAGUUGGUGGAGUUGGUGAAUGUGUGAAUGAGAACCAGUCAUGAGGGACCACUUAUACCUUUUCAUCUUUAUGUUUCAUUUCAGUACAGGCUGUAUUGUGUCAGAUGACCAGGACACAAUAGAAAUAACAGGAUACACAGGUGGUUCAGUUGUGCUGCCCUGCUUCUGUGCUGACUCUCAGUCUACAGUCAUGACAUUCGCCUGGGAGUUUGACACGGGAAACACAUGGAUUCCAGUAUUUGAAGAUGAGAAAUACAGUGGCAGACGUGUGCUGUUUAAUGAACAUUCUCCAACAAAUCUGUCUCUUCUCAUUACUGACCUCGGAAUGAAAGACAAGGGCUACUAUAAAUGUCUGUCUAAACAGAAUACUUUAAAAACUGUUGAAUUAAAAGUUAAAGGGUGUGAUUUGGUUGAGAAAGGAAAGACAGUGGAUGUGACCGGAUAUUCAGGAGAGUCUGUGGUUCUGCCCUGCUCCUGCACUGAACUACUGGCUAAACCUGAACAGAUACAAUGGAACUAUUGGGAAAAAAAUAAACAUGAAUAUGAAGAAAUUUACCCAGAUGAAGAUAUUGAGAGUUACAAGAACAGAGUCAAACUGUUAAAUAAAACCAGUCCAGGAAAUCUUUCUCUACACAUAUCAGCACUGACCACAGACGACGAAGGGGGCUACCAAUGUGUCAUGCCUCAACAAGAAAUCAGCUUCAGACUUCAUGUUGCAGAAAAACCACUUGUCCACACAAUCAGUUUAAUAACACAUCAACCUCCACACCAAACACUAGACUCCACAACUUCACAACUUCAACCGACUCCACAACAUAUACCUCUAUAUGUUUUCAUUCUACUGGGAGUGUUUUUCUCAGUGCUUUUACUGGCAUUACUGGCAUUUAUAUGGUGGAGAUGUAGAGGAGGAAGAAAUGAUAAAAGGGCCACCACUGUUGCUGAAGAGCAAAAGAGAGAACAAGACAAUCAGGAUGACGUGAUGUAUUCUGCUGUAGCCUACGUUAAAACAACAUCCACACCAGCUCACACACACAAUGACCCAGCAGAGUUCACACAGUAUGCUCCUUUCAAUGAUAAACGCUAA